UACAUCAGAUCUACCAUAAAAUUUAAUGUUUGCCACAGCUACACAUUUUAGGUUUAUGAGCAAAAAAAUAUUAACAAGAGCUAUAUUUUAUAGUAUUCUCUAUGCUAGACUGAUUUGGGUAUACAUCAUGAUAUCUGAAUGAAUGAAUGAAUGAAUGAAUGGGGUAGAUGAACAAGUAAACAAACAGACCAAAGAAAUGUAUUUUCUUAACACCACAGGCACACCAAUUAUAAUUGAAGAACCCGAUGAUGUGUGUACUUCAACAGUGACUGAAAAGGUUCAUCACCUGACCACCUGCUCACCAAAGGUGACUAAAGGAGAGGUUGAUAACCGGACCAUGCAAAUACCAACGGUGACUGAAGAAGUUGGCAACCAGACCAUCCCAAGACCAAUGGUGGCUGAAGAGGUCCACGACCAAACAACUAAAUUACCAGAGCUGCCUACAGAGGCCCAAGACCAAACAGCUAAACCCCCAGAGGUGCCUACAAAGGUCCAUGACCAAACAACGAAGCCCCCAGAGGUGACUGCAGAGGUCAAUGACCAAACAACUAAACCCCCAGAGGUGUCUGGAGAGGUCCAUGACCAAACACCUAAACUACCAGAGGUGACUGCAGAGGUCCAUGACCAAACAGCUAAACCCCCAGAGGUGCCUACAGAGGUCCAUGACCAAACAACUAACCCCCCAGAGGUGACUGCAGAGGUCCAUGACCAAACAACUAAACCCCCAGAGGUGGCUGCAGAGGUCCAUGACCAAACUACUAAACCCCCAGAGGUGACUGCAGAGGUCCAUGACCAAACACCUAAACCCCCAGAUGUGACUGCAGAGGUCCAUGACCAAACAACUAAAUCCCCAGAGGUGACUGCAGAGGUCCAUGACCAAACACCUCAACCCCCAGAGGUGACUGCAGAGGUCCAUGACCAACCGACUAAACCCCCAGAGAUGCCUGGAGAGGUCCUUAACCAAAUAUCUCAACCCCCAGAGGUGAAUGGAGAGGUCCAUGACCAAACAUCUCAACCCUCAGAGGUGACUGGAGAGGUCCAUGACCAAACAACUAAACCUCCAGAAGUGACUGGAGAGGUCCAUGACCAAACAACUAAACCCCCAGAGGUGACUGGAGAGGUCCAUGACCAAACAUAUCAACCCCCAGAAGUGACUGCCGAGGUUCAUGACCAACCAACUAAACCCCCAGAGGUGACUGCAGAGAUCCAGGACCAACCGACUAAACUCCCAGAUGUGACUGCAGAGGUCCAUUACGAAAUACCUCAAUCCCCAGAGGUACCUGCAGAGGUCCAUAACCAAACACCUAAACCCCCAGAGGUGACUGGAGAGGUCCAUGACCAAACAACUAAACCCCCAGAGGUGACUGGAGAGGUCCAUGACCAAACACCUCAACCCCCAGAGGUGACUGGAGAGGUCCAUGACAAAACAACUAAACCCCCAGAUGUGACUGUACAGGUCCAUGACCAAAUAUCUCAACCCCCAGAGGUGACUGCAGAUUUCCAUAACCAAACAACUAAACCCCCAGAGGUGACUGGAGAGGUCCAUUACGAAACACCUCAAUCCCCAGAGGUGACUGCAGAGGUCCAUGACCAAGCAGCAAAACCCCCAGAGGUAAUUGGAGAGGUCCAUGACCAAACAACUAAAUCCCCAGAGGAGACUGCAGAGAUCCAGGACCAACCGACUAAACCCCCAGAGGUGACUGGAGAGGUCCAUUACGAAACACCUCAAUCCCCAGAGGUGACUGCAGAGGUCCAUGACCAAGCAGCAAAACCCCCAGAGGUAAUUGGAGAGGUCCAUGACCAAACAACUAAAUCCCCAGAGGAGACUGCAGAGAUCCAGGACCAACCGACUAAACCCCCAGAGGUGACUGCAGAGGUCCAUGACCCAGCAUCCCAACCCCAGGUUUGAUCUUAACUCGGUAAUACGGCCACCUCAUUAAUUCGGCCAAAUUCUCAUGGCCCGUUGGUUACCGUAUUCUUUUAUAAUUUUGUUUCAACGCUUAUCUUGCAUUUAUUUGGAAUCCUGGUGAAGGAAGGCCGUGUGACAAUUAAGGACUUUUCUGUGUGAACAUCGUGUGAUGCAGACUCUGCCAGCACUCAAAUAUGCUCCACUAAAUCUUAGUACAAUGUAUAAAGUAAUUAUUAAAUAUUUUGAACAUUACUUUUGUCCCGACAUGUUGAUGACAAAAUUGAUGUGGAAAUUAAAGUUACGCCUGUCGGGUCUGGGUUUCAGAGACUUGUAAGCGUGUGUACUAUUGGACGUGUUAAACCAUCAUAAUUGUGGAACUGGUUGAGGAGACACUUUGUAUGAAAAAUAGGCGUAGCAGCUACGUGUAAUGUUGUGAUCCAGUGAUAUGGUAGGAAAAACAGAAAGAAUCCCUCUUCCUUGUAGUAACUCUGCAAAAUUUUUGUGUGUAUAAUUUCACUCGAAGUUACAAGCACACCAGAUAUGAUGACAUCAUUUAUGUGUUCUUUUAGAACUUUGCUUGUGAUUGCAACUGAAUCAGCGAGUAUGCUUUUGACAUCCUCGUGGGUUGAGUUGUUAGCACAGGGAGAGCAUAUGUAAGCAUGAUGAAAUCAGAUAUUGAUACUGACACCAUAAGACACUCUUUGACCCUAUGGGAGUGUGACGUGAUAGACCUAUCUAAUAAAUCUAUAUACUUUAUUUUAGUUUGGAUCCUAUUUUCCUGUAUUGUGGAUUAGGCCUCAAGGACAAAACGUAGCGACUGUAUCAAGUCAACGGCAAAAAUAGCUCCCGUGAAUCGGCACAUCGUAACAAAAACGUUCAGUUUAGUACAUUGCGAUUUGUUUCUUAGAUUAAGUUACUGACAAAGCUGUUUUGUUGUAACAGGCGACUCCAAACUCAGAAGGAGAUUUAUACGAUACAAUCGCUUCAAUACUGGACUCCGAAGUGUAUCUGCCCGAAAAACUCUCAAAUCCACCCAAAGAUGCCAAACCAAGACGAUCUCCUACCGCAGAGACAUCUACUACAACACCAAGUAAGCAAAUAAUAAUUCUUUGAACAGCUGGGCGUGUUUGGUUGUUUAAACUAUGCUAGGAUGAUAUGUUCUUCGUAGGACAAUAUCGGUCUAUCAAAGGACAGUAUGUUCUUCAAAUUGAAGUGAUGCAAAUGAACAUAACAUGUUC